AUGGAAAACUCAUCUGAAACUGGUAUGUUUCAGUCCAAAAUAUCGAAAGAGAAUGACUUGCUCUUGGGAACCGUUUACAUCAUCUUUGGUGUGCUGUCUCUGAUGGGAAACACCACUCUGUUGUUUGUAGCCUAUCGUAAGAAGUUGUCUCUAAAGCCAGCUGAGUUUUUUAUCAUCAACCUCUCCAUCAGUGACCUGGGCAUGACCAUUUUCCUCUUUCCCUUCGCUAUUCCCUCUGUCUUCGCUCACAGGUGGUUGUUCACGGAGGUGAUGUGUAUGUGUUAUGCCUUCUGUGGAGUUUUGUUUGGUAUCUGCAGCCUCAGUAACCUGACCGUACUGUCCUGUGUGUGCUGGCUUAAAGUCUGCUACCCCAACUAUGGUAAUAAAUUCUCCUCGUCCCACGCGCGUCUGCUGGUGGUUGGGGUGUGGUGUUACGCUGCAGUGUUUGCAGUAGGUCCGCUCUCUGGCUGGGGUCAGUACGGAUCAGAGCCUUACGGCACUGCCUGCUGCAUCGACUGGCACGCGCCCAGCUACAACACACCUGCCAUGAUCUACAUCAUCUUCCUCUUCAUCUUCUGUUACAUCGUCCCCUGCACCAUCAUCAUCCUCUCCUAUACGCUCAUCCUGGUGACAGUCCGGGGGGCCCAGCAUGCAGUGCAGCAGCAUGUCUCUCCUCAGAACAAAAUCUCCAAUGUGCAGACACUUAUCGUCAAGCUGUCAGUGGCAGUAUGUAUCGGAUUUCUGAUGGCGUGGAGUCCGUACGCUGUGGUAUCCAUGUGGGCGGCCUUUGCUGAACCAGACUUGGUACCUCCAAUAGCGUUUGCCCUGGCGGCCAUGUUUGCCAAGUCAUCCACCCUCUACAAUCCAAUGGUCUACCUCGUCAUUAAGCCCAGCUUCCGAACAUCCUUGUGCCGGGAUGCCACAAGAUGCAAGAGAACACUCUGUCCCUGCAUAUGCCAGACUGACAGCCAACAAAAAAGCACAAAAAGCCUUUCAAAACUGAACACAAAGGAUAAGUGUAACCUCAUGUGGGUCUCUAAUGGACUGAAUGUGAGCCACCAGUCAUGCAAACAUUGUCCAGAAGGACAAACAGGGCAUUACCUGGACAUCACACCCCAAAGAACAGCACGCAUUCUCAUUGGCUCCACCCACAGUGAGGUGCCAGUCAGCCAACUCUCCAACGAGAUCAACAGCGACUUCCUUUAGAGGAUGAGAAACUGAUUGUAGCAAAAACAAAAGAUGUGGUCAUGAAA